AUGAAACAAUUGACAUCGCUUGAUAUGUAUGACAAUCAAAUUGGUGAUGAAGGAGCCAAAUACAUUAGUGAAAUGAAACAAUUAACAUCACUCAAUAUUUGUUUCAAUCAUAUUGGUAUAGAAGGAUCCAAAUUGAUAAGUGAAAUGAAACAAUUAAUAUUACUUGAUAUUAGUGGCAAUCUAAUUGGUGAUGAAGGAGCAAAAUAUAUCAGUGAAAUGAAACAAUUGACAUCACUUGAUAUUAGUGGCAAUCAAAUUGGUGAUGAAGGAGCCAACUACAUUAGUGAAAUGAAACAAUUGACAUCACUAAGAAAAUAA